AUGGAGUUGGAGUAUGUAAUGUGUAUAUAAUUAGCCACCUGAGAGAAGCUACAUAAAAGGCCAUUACUAUAUAAUUACCACACGAUACAGCUGGGGAACAGGAUCUUGGCGUGAAUCGAGAUUUCAGGAGUUUUGAAAGUGUACAUUUUCCUUCCCAUCCACAUAUGGGGUUGGGUGACAGGGCGCACAGGCUGCAUGCAUUUUGAUGUGUUGUCGAAGUCAGCUAUUUUUAAAAAAGUAUUUUAGGCCCUUAGGCAACUUGUAAGUGCAGAACAGACCUUUGCAUUCAUUCUAGCGGUGUGAAAUAUUUGAAUGUGGGAGUUUAUGUUACAAGAUGCUCCCUCCGAGUGUGCUUUUGUGGUACGAGCUGACUCUCGCCAUCACAUCCACAUCUCCACUGUGAUUUAUGGGCCUUACUGGGCCCUAGGGCAGAUAUAUUGUUGAUGAUAGUGUAACAGGUCUGGAUGCUUCAGGUGUAUAAUUGCUAGUGGCUUGCUUGCUUGCUUGUGGAAAUGGAAUACUGGUUUUUCAAUAUGGCCCCAGGCAAAUAGUAUACAGCUGCCUCAAUACAAAGACAUGCAAUAAUAAUGAAGCAUGUAGCAUGUAGCAUGUUGCACUUUUGUUCUCAUUAUUUUCUACAGUAUGUGCCCUUUGAAUUUGUUAGCAAUGCCUCACAGUUAGAUCACCUUGUAAGCGUGUUGUGUGGAAUAAACGUGCAAACAAAACUUAAAAUGUAAGCUUACAACAUCCAAGAUGUUGCCUCAUAGUUUCUGGCCCUUAAGCAGAGCUUCAUGACAGAGUACCUAGUAAAAGCUGGUCCAUGAACUCCUGUGUCAUGUCUUUCUCCUCCAGGAAUCGCAACAGAGCUCAGCCGAUUUUAGGAUCUAUAUCGAGAACCACACGCGGAACCCGGACGACCUGAGCCGGAAGCAAAUCCGCAUCUACCAACUGUACAGCCGCACCACGGGCAAGCACGUCCAGAUCCUGGGCAAGAAGGUCAACGCCAACGGAGACGAUGGGGGCAAGUACGGUACGGGAGAAUUCCUGUGCACUUCACUUACAGACGCUUUAGCCAGUUCCCCUCAUCAAUGGUCUUUAUUGUGGGAAUUAUCCCAUGUGAACCAGGAUUCAUUGGACCUAUUUUGGACCGCUACUGGUCAGAGUUGGGGCUACAUUUCUAAGUAGUGAACUUUGACCCUAACUCAGCUACUUACUGAUUGCUUGGUUAAGCCAUUAAGAUGAUGAAUAGUGUGGGAAUUUGAGGCUAUAAGCAUGUCUGCCACAGAUAAAGCACGGCUAGAUGUACACUACCGUUCAAACGAUUGGGGUCACUUAGAAAUGUCCAUGUUUUCGAAAGAAAACCAAUUUUUUUGUCCAUUAAAAUAACAUCAAAUUGAUCAGAAAUACAGUGUAGACAUUGUUAAUGUUGUAAAUGGCUAUUGUAGCUGGAAACGGCUGAUUUUUAAUGGAAUAUCUACAUAGGUGUACAGAGGCCCAUUAUUUUACAUUUACAUCAUUUAGCAGACGCUCUUAUCCAGAGCGACUUAUCAUUAUCAGCAACCAUCAGUCCUGUGUUCCAAUGGCACGUUGUGUUUGCUAAUCCAAGUUUAUAAUUUUAAAAGGCUAAUUGAUCAUUAGAAAACCCUUUUGCAAUUAUGUUAGCACAGCUGAAAACUGUUGUGCUGAUUAAAGAAGCAAUAAAACUGGCCUUCUCGAGACUAGUUGAGUAUCUGGAUCAUCAGCAAUUGUGGGUUUUGAUUACAGGCUCAAAAUGGCCAGAAACAAAUAACUUUCUUCUGAAACUCGUCAGUCUAUUCUUGUUCUGAGAAAUUAAGGCUAUUCCAUGUGAGAAAUUGCCAAGAACUGAAGAUCUCGUACAACGCUGUGUACUACUCCCUUCACAGAACAGCGCAAACUGUCUCUAACCAGAAUAGAAAGAGGAGUGGGAGGCCCCGGUGCACAACUGAGCAACAGGACAAAUACAUUAGAGUGUCUAGUUUGAGAAACAGACGCCUCACAGGUCCUCAACUGGCAGCUUCAUUAAAUAGUACCCGCAAAACACCAGUCUCAACAUCAACAGUGAAGAGGCGACUCCGGGACGUUGACCUUCUAGGCAGAGUUGCAAAGAAAAAUACAUAUCUCAGACUGCCCAUCUUAAUCUUUUCUUUUAAUUGGCCAGUCUGAGAUAUGGCUUUUUCUUUGCAACUCUGCCUAGAAGGUCAGCAUCCCAGAGUCGCCUCUUCACUGUUGACGUUGAGACCAGUUUUAUUGCUUCUUUAAUCAGCACAGUUUUCAGCUGUGCUAACAUAAUUGCAAAAGGGUUUUCUAAUGAUCAAUUAGCCUUUUAAAAUGAUACACUUGGAUUAGCAAACACAACGUGCCAUUGGAACACAGGACUGAUGGUUGCUGAUAAUGGGCCUCUGUACGCCUAUGUAAAUAUUCCAUUAAAAAUCAGCAGUUUCCAGCUACAAUAGCCAUUUACAACAUUAACAAUGUCUACGCUGUAUUUCUGAUCAAUUUGAUGUUAUUUUAAUGGACAAAAAAUUUGAUUUUCUUUCGAAAACAAGGACAUUUCUAAGUGACACCAAACUUUUGAACGGUAGUGUAUAUAUUGCCUUUAUUCAUUGAAUCUCAGCUGUGUUCCUUCUACUGUUCUGGUCAGUGACCAUACUGAGGUGGGAAUACAGCUGAUUGUUGUCAUGGGAAGUAAUUCUGUGUGAUGCCUGGCAUAGUGGUUUUCAAUUCUACAGGGGGUCUAUCAGUUUCUACAUUCACUACAGUCUCUACAGUCACUGUGAGCAUGGCACAUAUUCUAUUCGAAGUUGGACGGUGGUCUAGGUGCGUUUGUAUGGGAGUGCUUGCCUGUUUGCGCUCACAUGUAUGAUUUGCCAACAAACAGGCUGUAAUGUUGCCGGCCUGAGUCGACCGCACUGUUGUGUCGACUGUGUUCAGUCACAGAUAUGCUGAGGCGAAGUUUCCUCUCAUUGCUUGUUAGAGCUUGAGUGGAAGCAGAUUCAAUGUUUCCCAUGAAGACUUGCCAACCCUGCCCCCUCCCCUCAGCCCCAGUACCUGGCACCUGUGAACUCCCUGACACUGAUUUAACAGGAGGCUUGGAAAGACACUCUUCUCUCAUCUCUGCACUAAUCCUCACUCAGUCAUAACAGCAACCUCACAAUGGAGGGUCAGAAAGCACGGCUGAGAAAUGGAGCCGCAGCUACAACAAGGUCAGCUACCCCACAUAUACACGCGGAUCAGAGGGAGUUAUUAUUCUCCCCAGGCAGGAGUGCUUGCCUUCAAGAAAUGUGGUAUAUAUAAUGUGUCACAUGCAAUCCCACAUAAUUGAUGUCACCAUUUGUCCUACUAGGAUAGCAUCUUAUAUAUCUGAAUGCAUAGGCAUUUGUACAAAUGUGUAAAAAUCCAUGUGAAACAGGCAAAUGUUUUUUAAAGGCAGUUGUUGCACCUGUAGUUUCCAGUUGCACUUGCACAAGUCCGCCCUCGGCACGGUCGUUUGAGAGCCAGCACUGGGAAUGCUGUGGGGCUUCUAAAGCUUGGCUGCAGGGAGCAACACUACACUAAAACCACUUUAAGCCAGGCUAUCACAGUACAGCUUGCUUUUUUCCUUUGUAGUAUGAAAGGGAGGGAAGAGGGGCAGCUAAGUGGGGACUUGUGGCGCUCUCUGUCCCAGCUCCUCCAACUCCUCUCAGGAGCUCCAUUGUGUUUCUCAAACCAGGCCUCCCGUGAAUUCAGAGAAGUCUCACCACUGUCAUUUUAUCCUCUUUGCUCCCUGGUUGAGAGAGAGGGAUGUCUUCUUCCCCCCCCCCCCCCCCUCUCUCUCUCUCUCUCAACGUCAGUUUUUAGACGAGUUUCCCACUCCCCUUCCCCUCCAAGAUUGUUUAAAGGGACAGUUUUGGAGAUGCCCCUCCCCACACCCCCUGGCUCCCCCCUCCUGCCUCCGUUCCCUUGAGUGCCACUGAAUAGGCCAGUGUGUUAAACAGAUGGAUCAUCUUUAACUUUUUGAUUGAGUGAGCACAGACUAAAGAGAACCUGAAACCUAAUCCUGAGGGAGCGUAACCCCUCCAAAAUGUUUGGCAGAUCUCUUGCCCGCUAGGAACGAACAGAAACAAAGAUGACUCCACAGGGGUGAAGGUUGUGACAGAGCAAAAGAAGCCGCUGGUGUGCUUGUUCAUAAUGGAUCAUUUCAGAUGUAACGGCAGCUCAUAAUUUUGUUUGUGUAAACUUUAUCACUGCAGGAAGAUGGUACUGCAUUGGUUUCUACCUCUCUGGGAUUUAUAGUAAAUUGUCAAACAAAUGUUUUAUCGGUUAAAACUGUUUAUGGACUGUAUCAACUUAAUGGAUGUAAGUGUUUGAAAAUAAUGAUCAAGUUGUGUUUCUCUUUCACCUUCUAGCACUUCUUAUUGUCGAGACGGAAACCUUUGGGAGCCAUAUUCGAAUAAAAGGGAAGGAGAGUGGGCAUUACAUCUGUAUGAACAAGAAUGGCAAAAUAGUUGGAAAGGUAAGCAUAUCCUUGGUUGUUACUCUCUUGCCAGAGAACGGGGAAAAUCUAACUCAAUGAAAUACAAUUGGGCCCCUCUUUUUUCUCUUGUUUUCUAGUGAUAAUAACAGAUUGUUUGAGAACACCUAAAGAGCGACUCCAGUGUGCACAUUACUAUAACUAACCAUAGAAAAAUGAUUUUAUGUGUGCUAAAGUUCGUAUUUUUUAGCAAGACUAAGACAUUCAUAAUAAUACACAUCAAUAUAUGAAGAAUCUACAGGUAACCACCAGAAUAAUGGAAACACUUGAGUAAAUGAGGUAUAUAAAGUAUAUUGAAAGCAGGUGCUUACACACAGGUGUGGUUCCUGAGUUAAUUAAGAAAUUAACAUCCCAUCAUGCUUAGGGUCAUGUAUAAAAAUGCUGGGCAGACCAUUAUCUUGGCUACCAUGGCUAUGCCCCCAUAGGAUGACAAUGCCCCCAUCCACAGGGCACGAGUGGUCACUGAAUGGUUUGAUGAGCUUGAAAACGAUGUAAACCAUAUGCCAUGGCUGUCUCAGUCACCAGUUCUCAACCCAAUUGAACACUUAGGGAAGAUUCUGGAGCGGUGCCUGAGACAGUGUUUUCCACCACCAUCAACAAAACACCAAAUAUGGAAUUUCUCGUGGAAGAAUGGUGUCGCAUCCCUCCAAUAGAGUUCCAGACACUUGUAGAAUCUAUGCCAAUGUGCAUUGAAGCUGUUCUGGCUCGUGGUGGCCCAAUACCCUAUUAAGACGCUUUAUGUUGGGGUUUCCUUUAUUUUGGCAGUUACCUGUAUGUUCACUUGCCUAACAUACAAGCCAUAAUGGAGAGUGCUCACUCAGUGUAACCCUGAUAAAAACCCUUUGAUACGUAACCUGUGCCUUUAUUUUGACACUUCAUCAGUCAAUUAUAGACUGCAAUCCUCACAAUGAUCACAAUGCUUUGAAAGGCUAAUGGCCACAUAGGAGGAAUGCCAUUGCAAUUAUACCUCUUGUUCACCAGGUGGCGCCAUGUAAAAUAGCAGCAUGUACACUCUCCUCUGUAUUUAUUUGGACAGUGAAGCUAAAAUUAUAAAUUUGGCCCUAUACUCCAGCAUUUUAGAUUUGAGAUCAAAUGUUUUAUAUGAGGAGACGUUACAGAAUGUCACCUUUUAUUUGAGGGUAUUUUCAUACGUAUCUGUUUUACCAUUUGGGAUUUAAAUCACUUCAUGUAUUGAGUCCCCCCAUUUGAAUACGUUUUUUUAAAUAUACCGUUUGGGAUUUAAAUCACUUCAUGUAUCAAGUCCCCCCAUUUGAAUAAAUUUUUUUUAAAUAAGUAUUUGGACAAAUUAAUUUAUGGUGUAUUAAAGUAGUCAAAAGUUUAGUUUUUGGUCCCAUAUUCCUAGCACGCAAUGACUACUUCAAGCUUGUGACUUUACAAAUUAGUUGGAUGCAUUUGCAGUUUGUUUUGUUUCAGUUUCAGAUUAUAUUUUGCCCAAUAGUAACUGAAUGGUGAAUAAUGUUUUGUGUUAUUUUGGAGUCACUUUUAUUGUAAAUAAGAAUAGAGUAUGUUUCUGAAAACUUCUACAUUAAUGUGGAUGCUCCCAUGAUUACGGAUAAUCCUGAAUUAAUCGUGAAUAAUGAUGAGUGACAGAGGCACAAAGAUCAUACCCUCAAGGCACGCAAACCUCUCACCAUUAACCAAUAACGGGAUGUUAGCAUUUUUUGGGGGGUAUAAUCUUUGUUCCUCUGUAACUUUCUCACUCAUAAUUAUUCACGAUUCAUUCAUCAUUAUCCAUAAUCAUGGGAGCAUCCACAUUAAUGUAGAAGUGUUCAGAAACAUCUUCUAUUCUUAUUUACAGUAAAAGCGACUCCAAAAUGAUACAUUAUUCACCAUUCUGUUCCUAUUGGGCAAAAGAUAAUCUGAAACACAACCAAAACAAGCUGCAAAUGCAUCCAACAAGUUUUGAGAGUCACAAGCUUGAUGUAGUCAUUGGGUGCUAGGAAUAUGGGACCAAAUACUAAACUUUUGACUACAUUAAUACACUAUAAGUGAAUUUUGUCAAAAUAAUUAUGACAUCUUAAAAUAGUAGGACUAGAUAAAUAAAGUGCUUUCAUUUCUAAAUGGUAAAACAGAUAUGUAUGUAAAUACCCUCAAAUAAAAGGUGACAUUCUGUACUGUCGCCUCAUAUAAAACAUUUGGGUCUCUAUUAAAUCAGUUGCGCUUUACCCAACAUCCACAUAGUGGUUGUUUUGGCUGUGUCAGAGGUGGAACUGCUUUAGAACUGCCAAAACCACAAGUGGCUCCUGGCAUUAUACCUAAAGCUGACAUUGCCAUUGGCUGCACAGAGUCGCAUUAAAGGGAUACGUCGGGAUUUUGGCAAUGAGGCCCUUUACUUCCCCAGAGUCAGAUGAACUUGUGGAUUUCCAUUUCUAUGUCUCUGUGUCCAGUUUGAAGGAAGUUAGAGGUAUUUUCUUGAGCCAAUGCUAACUAGCGUUAGAGCAAUGGCUGGAAGUCUAUGGGUAUCUGCUAGCUAAUUUUGCGAGCCAAUGCUAACUAGCGUUAGAGCAAUGGCUGGAAGUCUAUGGGUAUCUGCUAGCUAAUUUUGCGAGCCAAUGCUAACUAGCGUUAGCGCAGUGACUGGAAGUCCCAUAGACUUCUAUGUUUACAACUUACAACACAGGAGUGUGACGUGAUCUACACCUCGAUUAGGCUGAUAGAAAUCCUCAUUAUUUUGUUUAAUGAUUUUCAAUUUGAGCGUCAUUAUUUCUAUAUAGCCUACACUUUCUCGUUCUGAACUUCUAACGCGAGUGGGACGGGUGUGGCUUCAUGAAAAUGAUCAAGAGCAGCUGCUCUCCGAUUUGACCGCUCCAAUGCAGUUACACCUCAGACACCGCCACAACAGCUAUGCGGGUGUCGGUUAUCGGCGGUUAACGCUUGAUCUGAUUGAGUCUAGGCCUUGAUCUCAAAUGCUAGACUAUAGAGCCAAUUUUUUUUUUGCUUCCCUGUCUAAAUACAAAAGUAGGGGAGUGUACAUCACAAAAACGUAUCAUUCUUUUUAAACUCACACAUAGUUUAAACUUACAAAUGCAAGGUGUGAAAUGUCUAGUAACGUUUCUGUGUCCUUAAAAGAGCUAAACAACAAAUACAAUUUAAAAAGGAAUGAAUAACAACUUUUGGAACUGUAGUAGUUCCAUCUCUUUCUGGCUUAUAUGACAUACAGCAAUGUUUCUUUGGCAGUAGGUAAAGUAGAUUUCCUUGAUGGUUUGCCGUCGUGGAAGGCGGAAGUCAUUGUUUCACAGUGUUAGAAACCAGGUGCUAAGUGUCUGACACCAUGUUGUUUUCUUUGCAGCUCAAUGGAAGGAACCAGGAGUGCGUCUUCGUGGAAGAAUUCUUGGAGAACAACUACACAGCUCUCGUGUCGGCCAAGUACAAAGGGUGGUACCUGGGCUUCAACAGGAAGGGGAGGCCAAAAAAAGGAUCGCGGACCACACAAACACAACAGGAAGUGCAUUUCAUGAAACGCCACCCAAAGGGUAAGGUGGACCCACUGGAAGAGUUUCGUUUCACUACAGUAACUAAGCGGACACGAAGGGCACGUCGCCUAAAACACAACCCCAAAGCAAACUGA